CUGAGGGGAACCGUCACCGCCGCUGAGAAGCGCCCUGCGCCCGCCUUUCCUCCCGGUCCCGAAAUCCAUGCGAAUCUCCAUUAUUUUUCGGGGAAGGUGGUGGCGUAAAAACGCCCCGGUCCCCUCACUCCGCCCCACAACCUUCGGGGACUGUUUCUCCCAUCUCACCGCCUUGACCUGCCGGCAGGGCCCGCCUGCAGAAGCCUCACCCCUCAGGGCGCCGCUAAGCCGACCUAGCCCUGCCCCACCGAACAGCAAAGGUUUGUUCCUGGGGAGGGCAGGAAAGUGAUAAGUGCUGAGUUCACUUCCAGGUUUUGGGUGGGUUGUUCCUCCUCCGUUAGUACUGUGGCGCGGGCGCGCGCUACGAGCAGGCUCGGCUCUUGGCUCAAGAUGGCGGCGGCGGCGGAUAAGCAGAAGCACGAACACGGACGGGUGAAGAUUGGGCACUAUAUCCUGGGCGAUACGCUCGGUGUCGGUACCUUCGGCAAAGUCAAGGUUGGUAAACAUGAAUUAACUGGGCAUAAAGUUGCAGUGAAGAUCCUAAAUCGACAGAAGAUUCGCAGCCUUGAUGUUGUAGGAAAAAUCCGCAGGGAGAUCCAGAACCUCAAACUAUUCAGACAUCCUCAUAUAAUUAAGCUGUACCAGGUCAUCAGUACACCAACUGACAUUUUCAUGGUGAUGGAAUAUGUUUCAGGAGGAGAACUGUUUGAUUAUAUCUGUAAAAAUGGAAGGCUUGAUGAGAAGGAAAGUAGACGUCUGUUCCAGCAAAUCCUUUCUGGUGUGGAUUACUGUCACAGGCAUAUGGUAGUACAUAGAGAUCUGAAGCCUGAAAAUGUGCUGCUUGAUGCACACAUGAAUGCCAAGAUAGCUGACUUUGGUCUAUCAAAUAUGAUGUCAGAUGGAGAAUUUUUAAGAACAAGCUGUGGUUCCCCUAACUAUGCUGCACCAGAAGUAAUUUCAGGAAGAUUAUACGCAGGUCCAGAAGUAGAUAUUUGGAGCAGUGGGGUUAUUCUCUAUGCUUUGUUAUGUGGAACACUUCCAUUUGAUGAUGAUCAUGUGCCAACCCUUUUUAAGAAGAUAUGUGAUGGUAUCUUUUAUACCCCUCAGUACCUGAAUGCAUCUGUAUCUAGUCUUCUGAAACACAUGCUGCAAGUAGAUCCAAUGAAGAGAGCAACAAUCAGAAACAUUAGAGAACAUGAAUGGUUUAAGCAGGACCUUCCCAAAUACCUGUUUCCUGAAGACCCGUCAUAUAGUUCUACCAUGAUUGAUGAUGAAGCCUUAAAAGAAGUUUGUGAGAAGUUUGAAUGCACUGAAGAGGAAGUGCUAAGUUGUCUAUACAGCCAAAAUCAUCAGGACCCUUUAGUGGUUGCUUAUCACCUCAUUAUAGAUAAUAGAAGAAUAAUGAACGAGGCCAAAGACUUCUACUUGGCUACAAGCCCACUGGAUUCUUUUCUUGAUGAUCACAAUCUGUCUCGACCUCAUCCUGAAAGAGUGCCAUUCUUAGUAGCUGAAGCACCACGUCCCCGCCAUACUCUUGAUGAGCUGAAUCCACAGAAGUCAAAACACCAAGGUGUAAGAAAAGCAAAGUGGCACUUGGGAAUACGGAGUCAGAGUCGACCAAAUGAUAUCAUGGCUGAAGUUUGUCGAGCAAUUAAACAACUGGAUUAUGAAUGGAAGGUUGUAAAUCCAUACUAUUUGCGUGUUCGAAGGAAGAAUCCAGUGACAAAUGCAUAUUCCAAAAUGAGUCUACAAUUGUAUCAGGUGGACAGCAGGACAUACUUACUGGACUUCCGUAGCAUUGAUGAUGAAAUUACUGAAGCAAAAUCUGGGACUGCAACUCCACAGAGAUCAGGUUCUGUGAGCAACUGUAGAUCCUGUCAAAAAGAUUCAGAUGCUGAUGCACAAGGAAAAUCUGCAGAUAUAUCCCUUACACCAUCAGUGAUCUCUUCACUUGAUUCUUCUAAAGCUGACUUAACUCCAAGACCAGGGAGUCAUACAAUAGAGUUCUUUGAGAUGUGUGCAAAUCUUAUUAAAAUACUUGCACAAUAAUUUUGAAAAUGGGCUUAUUUCUUUGAUAGCAAUAAGUAUGCCUAAAUCACAGUCAGAUGCUUCCAGUUAUAAUCAAGUUAAAUUAACUAAGGUGCUGAAAAAACUAGCCACAGAAUGCAAUUUGCAGAGGGAUUGGAAUGAUUAUGGGCAGUUAUGUAUAUUAUUUUGAAGCUGAAUUCUGAUUUUCUGCUGUCCAAUAGCAUAAUACAGGUACAGGAAGUCACAUGCUCUUUGGGCAGUGUUCAUAACACAUUAGAAUUCAUAUAAUAUUUAAGUUAUACUGGCCUUCUUGGUUUUUUCACUGGUAAUACAUACAUCUAAUGCACUGUAAGUAAAUGUAUACUUACUAGUUCAAUGACUUAAGUAUGACUUGUUGAUCAUCAUCUAUAGUUGUGCCUCAGUUGAUCAGAAUUGUCAGCAUCUAACAGUAAUGUGUUAAAACUGCUGUUUCCUCUCCCUUAUUUGGCAGUUAAUGAUAUAGGAUAGUUUUAAUGCAUUUGUCCUGGUUUUAGUUAGUGUAGAGUUAAUUUCUUCUCAGUAGGUGUUAGAGUGCUGUGUUUUAGUUUCAGAAUGAGAAUGGUGUUGAUAACAUACUGAUGAUUUGGUUUCUGCUAAGUCAUGUUUAUCUUAAGUCAAGGACUCUUUUUUCCCUUGUCUCAUGCCCUGCCAGUGGGAGGGAGCAUAGCUGGGACAGGUGACCCGAACUGACGAAAGGGAUAUCCCACACCAUAGAAUGUCAUGGCUUGUAUAUAAACUUGGGGGAGUUAACUGGAAGGGGCUGAUCUGGGUUCAGGAAGAGGGGUUUGGUGUCGGUCAGUGGGUGGUGAGCAAUUGCAUUGUGCAUCACUUUGUUUCCUUUUUAUUAUAAUUAUUGUUAUUUAGCAUAAUUUUUGUAUUUUACUUUAUUUUCAAUUAUUAAACUGUUCUUAUCUCAACAUUCUACCAGGGUGGGAGGGACAGAGGGGGGGGUUGAGUGAGGGGCUGCAUGGUGUUUAAUUUCCAUCUGAGCUUAAACCAUGACAACAUUAUAAUUUACUGCAUUUAAUAAUGGAUAAAUGUUAUUCAAUCCAUGCAAAUCCAACCAGGUGGAAAUACAUGUAGGUGGUUUGUAAUGCACUAAGAGUUAAAUUCUGUGGGCUGUAAGUAGAACAAUUUGGGCCACAACAGUGGUGAGAGACAAUGCUGGGAAGACUUGGCACUCUGUGGGCUGAAACAAAAUGUGCCUCUGUGAAGGAGAACUGUCACCAGAUUCCUUAUCUGCAGAUUUACUAACUCAUAUCUUAGUAUGGUAGCAGCACAGCAGCUCCCCACUGCUACUGCAGGCUGAGAAUCCUGUUCCUUAUAAACACGUGCAUGUAGUUAAGAACACAGCUCUAAGGCCUCUUUCAUGCUAUUCCAGAACCUAAAAUUUUCACUGUUAUAAAUAUGUUCAUACUUUGAUACAACUGUUUAUAUCAUAUGCUAACAGCGUAUAUUAUAUAGAAUCCCCUUUGCAGUUGAAAAUACAUAUAUAGGUUUAGGUUUUCCCAAGACACCUUUAUAGUGAACUGUGCCAUUAAAAUUGUGGCAUUAAUAGUCCAACUUUUCAACUAAACAUUUAAAACUGAUCAUGACAACUUACCACAGAAUGGUUUGGGUUGGAAGGGACCUUAAAGAUCAUCUAGUUCCAACCCCCUGCCAUGGGCAGGGACGCCUACCACUAGACCAGUUUACUUGGAGUCACAUCCAACCUGGCCUUGAACACUUCCAGGGAUGGGGCAUCUACAACCUCUGUGGGCAACUUGUGCCAGUGCCUCACCACUCUUAUAGUGAAAUUCUUCCUGAUAUCUAAUCUAAACCUGUCCUCCUUGAGCUUAAGGCCAUUUCCCCUUGUCCUAUCACUACAUGGUCUUGUUAAAAGUCCUUUUCCAGCACUCUGGUCCCCCUUUAGGUACUGGAAUGUGCUAUAAGGUCUCCCCAGAGCCUUCCCUUCUUUAGGCUGAACAGCCCCAACUCUCUCAGCCUGUCUUCAUAGGAUAAGUGCUCCAGCCCUGUGAACAACUUAGUGACCUCCUCUGGACUUGCUCCAACAGUACAGCUGGACACAGUACUCCAUGUGGGGUCUCACAAGAGGAGAGUAGAGGGGGAGAAUCACCUCCCUUGACUGGCUGGUCACACUUUUUUGAUGCAGCCCAGGACAUGGUUGGCUUUCUGGGCUGCAAGUGUGCAUGACCGGGGCAUGUUUGGUCGGUAUUGGGACCAGUGUUAUUUAUUAUCUUCAUUAAUGUCAUAGACGAAAGGAUCGAGUGCACCCUCAGCAAGUUUACAGAUGACACCAAGCUGAGUGGUGCGGUUGACACUCCUGAAGGAUGGAGCCAUCCAGAGAGACCAGGCCAAGCUUGAGAAGUUGGUCCAUGGGGAUCUCAUGAGUUUUAUCAAGACUUAAAUGCAAGGUGCUGUACCUGGGUUGGGGCAACCCCCAGUAUCAAUCCAGGCUGGGGGAUGAACAGAUCAAGAGCAGCCCUGCUGAGAAGGACUUGGGGGUGCUGGUAGAUGAGAGGCUGGACAUGAGCUGGCAAUGUGUGUUUUCAACCCAGAAACCAACUGUUUCCUGGGCUGCAUCAAAGUAGGAGUGGCCACCAGGCUGAGGGAGGUGAUUCUGCCCCUCUACUCCCUUUUGGUGAGACCCCACCUUCAGUGCUGCAUCCAGCUCUAGGGUCCCCAGCACAGGAAGGACUUGGACCUGUUGGAGCAAGUUCAGAGGAAGGCCACAAAGAUGAUCAGAGGGAUGGAACACCUCUCCUAUGAGGAAAGGCUGAGAGAAUUCAGUUUGUUCAACCUGGAAAAGAGAAGGCUUUGGGGUGACCUAAUUGUGGCCUUCCAGUACCUGAAGGGAGCCAACAAGAAAGAUGGAGAGGGACUCUUUACAAGAGCCUGGAGUGACAGGACAAGGGGCAACAGAUUCAAACUGAAAGAGAGUAUAUUUAGAUUAGAUAUUUGAAAAAAAUCUUUGCUGUGAGGGUGGCGAGACACUGGCACAGGUUGCCCAGAGAGGUUGUGGAUGCCCCAUCCCUGGAAGUGUUCAAGACCAGGUUGGAUGGAGCUCUAAG